AUGGAUCCUGAAGGGCUUGAGGACGCGCUGGACUUGUCAAGGGACAGGGCGCAGAACCAGGGUGUGUAUAUCUACCAGCCCGCAAAGCCUGGGAAAGCUACCAGCGAGCGACCCUCGAAACGACGCAAGGUCUCCUCUACCGACAGUCGAGGACAAAGUUCCGAUGUCCAAUGCUUCGUGCCCUUGUUAAAUGGAGAGGAAAAUGCCGAAUCCGCGCAAUUGCGAUACGAAACCUACAAAAAGCUUUGGUCAGCGCAGGAAGAUAAGAUUCAGAGUAUCCUCGAAGAUGUCGACGCCGGAGUAUUGGCUGAUGUACUCUCUUUCGUGAGGGACAAUUCGCCUCAAACAUGCAACGGAUGUAUCCCGACCGGCCUGGUGACGGUUGGAUCUAACGUUUCCUCCCUGACUCGAUUGCUCUCUCGCCUCAACGAUCAAUUAUCAACAAGUGGCGAAGGUGGCGUCGUGGUGCUGGAGUCCGGUGAUGCUCCUAAUUUGAAGACAUCCUUGAAGAACAUCAUUCGAGCUGCGAUCACAAAUACUGAGGGAAAUGAUGGGUAUCAGAAGUUCGUGACGGACCGGGCAGGGCCUCGACUGCUCGGAUAUGAUCUGGACCUUCUCAACGACUACGUUCAAAGAAAGGGCACGAAGAAGCUGGUUCUUGCACUUCGGGACAGCGAAGCCUUCGACCCUGGUCUAUUGAUGGAUCUUCUCUCACUUUUCAAGUCCUGGCUUGAUCGCAUUCCAUUCACAGUGCUUCUCGGUAUCUCGACUUCCGUGGAGCUGUUUGAGGGCCGCCUACCUCGCGCGUGUGUCUCUUUGCUUCAAGGAAAGCAUUUCGAAGUCCAAGAAGCAGGAAAUUGUGUCGACCGCAUCUACGAAUCACUUCAGACUGAUCCGCAGGGAAAGUUGUGGCUGGGCUGCAAUAUUACCAGCACGCUUUUGGAGAAGACGCAUGACUAUUUCCAAACACCCGAGGCCUUCAGUCGCAUGGUCAAGUAUGCGUACAUGUCACAUUUCUUUGCCAAUCCUCUCUCAGUACUCUUGGGAAGCCCCGCGCCAGCUACUGUUUCCCAAAUAUGGCUUUGCGAAGCUAUUAGGAACCUGCCAUCGUUCCGCAUGUUUUGCGAGGAUCUAUUAGAGGCUGGCUCUCCCGAUGAUGUACGAAACCUGCUAGAAAAUGACGGAUAUCUGCUCGAGGAAGCGCUCAGCCAUGUUAGUGCUGGCCAGCAAAGAAUGCAACAAAUAUUCCAUGCUGUUAUUGCCAUCCAUGCAUUUCUCCAGCACACUCAGAGCGCGAAGAAGGCUAAUGUUUCUGAUCUUUCUGUUCGCGCUCUUUCUGGCGAGCUGAAUGAGUCUCAGGUUGUCGAUGACAUGCUAGCCACAGUGAGGACCUUCGACUCAGGAAAGCUGGGUCCUCUACUCGAAUCUUUACCUGAGACGCUCCCUGCCGGCCUAGCCCUCGAUGAGAUCCGAACAGAUUUGGCGACAUUGGUCGACACAAACGGAGACUUCGGGCCUCUGCGGAGUGAAUACAACAUCAACAGCUCUGUGGUGAAAACCACCGUUGUUCAGCAAAGGAUCCUGCUCAGCAAAGGAAAAUCAAACCUCUCCAAACGAGAUGUCGAGUACACAAAGAUCGUCGAUCGGCUGGUCGGUGCAUUGCAAGAGUAUCUCACAGAAAUAUUGAUCCAGCCACAGGAGCUGUUCAUGCAUGAAGCUUUCUUGUUCGAUCUGCGCAACCCCCUUAAAGAAACGUUUACGCCUCGACCACGAUUCGCGCUGGAACGAGCCUUGGCCAACCCCUUCGACUACCUUAUUUCCUCGACAAAUGCAAGUGGUGCCAGAAUUUCUGUCAAACAGCCUGCUACUGCCAUCCUUUAUCAGCUUUACCUUGAGUCUGGCGCUUUGGUCAAUAUUCAUGAUCUGUGGCAGGCUUUCUACGCUGUAUUUGAGAGCGACCAGGGCAAUACGUGCGACGACCGCAUGAUCAUGUCCUUGUUCUAUGGCGCGUUGUCUGAUCUCAAGUCGUUUGGUAUGAUUAAGAACAGUCGGAAGAAGACUGAUCAUCUGGCCAAAUCCGCCUGGAUGGGACUGUAA